AUGGAUCAACCUGCAAUGAUUGAAAAGCUCAUGACUACAGCAACAUCUUACAACCAGAAACUAAAGGAAGUAAAACUCAAAGAUAACGCGGAAUAUGAAACAUUAGCAACUGACUUUGACAGAAUAAAAGAUCAAGUAAACAUCAAGGUUGUGGAGCAGGAUGUUGUCAUUAAGAACUUAAAGACUCAUCUUCAAGAGGUUCAUGCGUCUGAAUGGUUGAAGGCUGCUGACGAACAGAAGCUUUUGAGGAUAACGGGACAAACGGCAAAGGUGCUCAAGAAAAAUCCGUCGCUGUGGUCACGUUUGUGGAACGUUUUGAAACUUCUCGUAGGCACCGGAAUUGCCGCACUCAUGUUUGCGGCUUUGUAUGGGGUGUCUGAAUAA